UCCUAGUUGCAGUGAAAAAAAAAAAAAGAAAAAAGAAAAAAGAAGAGAAAAAAAAACUAACAUCCUUUUGUACAAAUCUCUCUAUUUCUCAAUUCUGAGAUUGGCUUCUCACAGAGCUCCCUUCAGUCUCACACACCCAAAAAGGUUCGAAGUUUUCUCGGUGAGUUUUCUCGGGAAAAAAUCGGAAUUGGCGGGAAAAGGCUGUUGAUUCUGAGGUUUCAGAGGAUUCGGUGAAGUGGGUCGUGAUUAUUUUGGAAUAGUAUAUUAGAAUUUUGAGUGAAUUUUGAAGCUUUGUGAUGGCAAACCCAUCUGGGACCCAUCAAGAACCGGGUCACGCCUCGUCUUCAUUCAACGGCGGGGGCAACCCGAGCAACGGAAGUGUUGCUCCGGCGUCGGAGAAUUCUGGUCCUCCGGCGGGGGCGGUUGCGACGGCCACGGCGAUGAAACACAACCCGGGUAUUGCAAUGGAUUGGACACCCGAGGAGCAAUCGGUUCUUGAAGAAGGGCUCAACGCGUGAGUUUUGAUUUGCGUUUUUUGUAGUUUGAAUUCAGUUUUGGGUUUUUGUAGUGUGAAUUCAGUUCUGGGUUCUGAAAACUCUGGUAGAAUUGUGAGUACUUGAUGAAAACUCUGGGUAUUUGUUUGGGAAUUUGGUUGAAUUGGCAGUUCUUUCUGGUAGUUUACUUUGAAGUUAAUGUUUUGUGUUUUGUGAAUAGUUUCUUGUUAUAGUUCCAAUUGUGUUCAGUAUGCGCUGUUUCGUUCUUCUUCAAUGAUAUUUUCUUCUUGAUACUAGUCUACAUGGCUGGUUCCAAUUGUGUUCGAAUUCUUAUAUAUGCAUGUAUUUUGAUGGGCUGGAAAUUUGAAUUGAUUCCAAGUUCCUACAUAUGCAUGUAUGCAUUUUCUUAUGAUAAUAUGCAUGGUCUUGUUAGAGAUAGUUUGGAAAUUUAUUUAAAAAAAACCCGAACGGAACCAAACCCAAUACAUGGGGGUAUAUAAGAAACACUCUUUUCUUAGUUUUCUUUUUGGUUUCUUUUUCUUAUUUUGUUCUCCCUCUCUGUUUUGCUGAGAGGGAGUGGUGGUGGUGGUAGUAGUUGAGUUAUCGAGAAGCAUGAUGUUGAAGGAAAUACUUGCAGGAGAUCAUGGGAAACUUUGGUUCUCCUCUGAACUCUGAGCAGAAGGAUUUCAAAUUUUCUUGUCUAUCAUGUAGGUAAGAAAAUAGGACCUCCACUUUGAGAUUGGUUCCUUGCGCUAUCUCUCUUUAUUGAGAAUUUAAGGGCACAAAAUCUGAAAACUCUAUGCGCAUUCUGUUGGGGAUGGAAUCUAAUGUUCUUUCGCCCUGCAUUUUGAGAUGGAUUUGCCUAUUACACUAAGUUGUUUGAGCUUUCAGUAUAGGAAAAAAGUUCCUAUGAUGUCAAAAUUUUCAUUUUGAUUUGUAGCUUUAAAAAUCUUGUCAUUUUAUAAUUUGUGUGAUUUCUUAUAUGCAAACUUUGUUCGGUUCAAUCUUGAAAUUUUGGUGCUUUGGGAGUUGGUACUUUGACUACAAUGUCGACCAUGAUAAUUCUCAAAGCCUGGUUCAACACUAUAUAUAGCUCAGAUUCUAACAUAAUUCGGUAUGCAAAGAUUGCUAUGCAAUUACAAAAUAAGACAGUUCGGGAUGUGGCAUUACGGUGCAGAUGGAUGAGUAAAAAGGAAAAUAGCAAGAGAAGGAAAGAAGACCAUAAUUUGUCAAGGAAAAGCAAAGAUAAAAAGGAAAAAGUCACUGAACCUUCAGCAAAGUCAUCUCAUUUAGCAUCCCGAACCAAUGUUCCACCAUAUGCUAUGCCCAUGAUUCCUAUGGACAAUGAUGAUGGCAUAUCAUACAAAGCCAUUGGUGGUUCUACUGGACAGCUUCUUGAGCAAAAUGCACAAGCUUUCAAUCAAAUUUCUGCAAAUCUUGCCUCUCUACAGAUACAAGACAACAUCAGUCUUUUCUGCCAAGCUCGUGACAAUAUUCAGGCCAUCUUGAAUGACUUGAACGACAUGCCAGAAGUAAUGCGGCAGAUGCCGCCUCUUCCUGUGAAGAUAAACGAAGAUCUGGUCAACUCCAUCCUUCCCCGCGCAGCCCACCCGGCCCUCCCAAGGCAGCCAUGAGCUUAGGAAGAGUAGUAAUCAUGAUCCCCACCUCAAGGGCCUCCCUCAUACAUUUUGCUGCUCUGCUUCUAUUGGGAUUUUAUCUAAUCAAAUCCCUUUUCUCUCCAUGCUAGGGAAAAACUGUGGACUCAAGAUGAUCAUCAGCCACUUCCCAACUGAAAAUUCUAGUGAUCCAUUUAUGGGAAAGUGGCAUGGUCAUUUUUUUCUCACUUCCUUUAUAUUUUCUUGGUGUUUUUCAUUGGAUCAGUCUCUGUAGUGUAUGGUACAGGGUGGUUUAUAGACCGUGCAGAGAUUGUGGGGGAUGAAGAGUAAUAAUGAAUGUUUUGAUGUUACCAAUUUACUUCUCUGUAUUGAUGUAAUUAGGGCUUUUGAUCUC